AUGUCGGCAGCGCAGCAGAUUACGAAAAAGCGCAAGGCUGUGCAAGAUGGUAUUUUCAAAGCCGAGCUCAACAAUUUCCUGAUGAAGGAACUGGCCGAAGAUGGCUACUCGGGUGUGAUUAUAAUGGCGACACGCACACAGAGUGUGUUGGGUGAGCGUGGACGGCGCAUUCGUGAGCUGACCUCUGUGGUACAGAAACGAUUUGGUUUUUCGGAAGGCACCGUUGAGCUGUAUGCUGAAAAAGUUUCAAAUCGUGGUCUCUGUGCCGUGGCACAAUGCGAAUCGUUGCGUUACAAGUUGGUUGGUGGUUUGGCCGUACGCCGCGCAUGUUAUGGUGUCUUACGUUUUAUCAUGGAAUCAAAUGCGCAAGGAUGUGAGGUAAACCAGGAUUUGCAUCUUUUCUGA